AUGGCGACUGUCAAAGUUAGUAUAAAAUGGAACAAAGAAGUGUUUAAAGAUAUUGAAGUUGAUAUGACGAUGCCACCAGCAGUUUUAAAAGCUCAAUUAUUUUCAUUAACAAAUGUGCCCAUUGAACGUCAGAAAAUUAUGAUUAAAGGACAAACGAUUGGCGAUGACUCGUGGGGAAAAGUGCAGUUAACAAAUGGUUUAACAUUAUUACUCAUGGGCUCAGCUGAUGCAGUUCCUGAAUUACCAGCAGAAACACCGAAGUUCUUAGAAGAUAUGACCGAACAACAAAUAGCGAGAGCCAUGCAAUUUACAGGCGGACUGAAAAAUUUAGGCAAUACAUGCUACAUGAAUGCGACACUGCAAUGUUUGAAAUCUGUACCUGAACUACGUGAUUCUAUUAAACAAUUUCAUAUGUCAAGUCAGCAACGUGAUGGAACGCAAAUGAUCACAAAUGCAUUGAAAACCACGUAUCAACAAUUAGAAUCGAAUACUGAUUCAUUUAUGCCAUUGACACUAUUGGCAUCGAUUCAUCGUGAAUUUCCACGUUUUGCUGAAAAAGACGAUCAUGGACAUUUGAUGCAGCAGGAUGCCAAUGAAUUUUGGGUACAAAUGAUGCACAUAUUACAGAUGAAUUUACAGGGACUCAAAGAGCAACAACAGGGUGCUGCUGCAGGAGCCUCCAGCAACAAGAGUUUAAUCGAUCAGUUUUUUGGAAUUACUAUCAAAGCAACGUAUCCUUUAUUUCGUGUUCGUAUUUUCUCUUAUAUAUAA